AGAACUAUUUCGUUAACUAUAAACAAGCACUUCCGGCUCACAUGGCGUCAAAAUCCAACAAAAUGGCUGACACGAGUUCCACCCCCCUCCAUGCUGCCGUAGUUUGGGCCCAGAGGAAAGACAAAAUUUACCUCACAAUCAACUUGGAAGACAGCAUAGACACACAAAUUGAUAUUAAUGAAAACUCCUUUCACUUCAAAGGGAAAGGCGGACCAGAAAAAAAACAAUAUGAAGUAAAACUAGAUUUUUUUACAGAAAUUAUACCCAGUGAUUCCAAGUACCAAGUUUUACCAAGAAACGUGCCAUGUGUAAUAAAAAAGAAAGACGAUGGAGAAUUCUGGCCACGAUUAUUAAAAGAGAAAAAAAAGGUCCACUGGUUAAAGACUGACUUUGCCAAGUGGAAGGAUGAAGACGAUUCAGACUAUGAAGAAGAUGUACCAAUGGACUUAAACCAGAUGAUGCAAAAUAUGGGAGGAAUGGGAGGAAUGGGAGGAAUGGGUGGUAUGGGUGGCAUGGAGGGCAUGGACGGCAAAGAGGAGGAGAGCCUGAGUGAGGACAGUGAUGAUGAUAAUCUUCCCGACUUGGAAUAACAGAUUAUACCAUCCAUGUAUUUUAUUUACUUCAACACUCCCACAUUGCCAGCCAAGGUCGUUCAUGGACAUAGUUGCCAUGGAAACAAGGUUGUCUUGGAACCAAAUAUCAUGUGACUAGAACAAAAUUAGGAGACCUUUUUUCCCAUUGGUUCUAAGAGCCCGCUGACUUUUAGCAAGAGUGCAUCUGAACUUGAAGUCAAAAGGAGUAAUGUUUGAUGGUGAAACCAAAUGGAAAAUAGGCUUCAAUACUGGACAAAGAGGAGGUGCCAUUAUGUUUGUGGUUCAGUGGUUGUUAUGUUGCUGCCUAUUUUUAUUUGCUCUCGAUUAAAACAUGUGUAGAACAUUUUGUACGCAUCAUUUUCACAUUCUCUCAGUAACGACAUAAUUUCCAUUUUUAUUCCAUCAUGAAUAAACUGUAUUAUCAUGA